CAAGGAAAUAUAAAAAAAUUACACAUGUAGGAUGUAGCCCAACUUUUGCGGGUCUUGUUUGAGCUCAAGAAUCGGGUGAGCGCGAGGUAGACUGUAAAAGAGGAGAGAGAAAGAUGUCGCUAGUAGACUACGCAUCGUCCGACGAAGAAGAUGAAGACUCAUCCAUUAAACAACGCACACACGACCUUCCUCAACCUUCAAAAACCUCAUCUACUUCUCACAACUCACAGAAUCCCCGUCAAUUCCAUUCAAAUAAAUCAUUAUCAGAUCAAGCAUCAAAACAUGUGUCACCUAUGUCAUCUGCACCAGUUGAGAAGCUUCCUGACGCUUCAUUGCUCUUAAGUUCUCCUUUAUCAUCGCAGCCAAUUGGCAGUGAUCACUCUUCUCGAGUUGCAGCUGCUAUGGCUGAUAAUCUGUCACGCAAGAGAGAAGCAAAUGGUUCAAAUUCUUCAUAUAUUCGUGGAAAAAUACCAAAAGGGAUUUUGCCUCAUUCGAAGAAUAUUCCAGAUACUAGCAGCGGUUUGUUGAUGCCUCCCCAACUUCGUCUUGGAAGAUUAAGUACGAGAGUUAAACAUGCAACUUGUAGAAAUAGCUUGUUGAAUCUGACAAUAAUAUGAACAUUUAGCAAUGUUAAUUUUCUUCAUCAACUCCUACAGAUUGAGACAGGAGCAAUGUUGUCACAGAAGAUAUCAACAAGCUUUUUGUUCGAAGAAAUUCUCAAGGAUCAUCGUAAGCAUAGUAUAUGGGAAGUUUUCUUUGUGAUGCCAUAUAAGUUUCUGAGCUUUUAUUCUUAUGUGGUGAUAUUUUAUGCUCUGGAGCUUAAAGAAAGUUUUCACUACCUGGACUCAUCAAUUCGAGGUCUAUCGCUGUAUGUUUGACCUGUCGUUUUUUGUUAUUGUUUUUUUUUUUAGUCAUAGGCUAUCUUUCUCCCUUUGUAGGCUGUUUGUUGUUUCUUCUUCUGAUGAUGACAACUUCUAAGUUCUAUCAUAGCUAUAUAUUAUCUAGGUUUAGUGGAUGACACAACAGAUUUUCUCAAGAUAGUACACUAGAUUUCUCCCCUGCUUCAAUUAAUUGCUCAGUGUCCCCUGUUUAGGCUUAUUGUGAGCGGAACUAAUGGCUUGUUCUAAAUUGCUUGUACUCCUUCGCUCGGUAAAUAAUGCUUCUUUCGUAUUUAAAUAAUAAGCUUUUAUUGAUA